AUGGAACCCUGACCUCGCCGCCGCCCGUACGCUCGCACCCCCGCCGCCGGCGCUCCCGCGCAGAUCGAGCAUCGCCGGCGUCAGCGAUGGCGUCCCCAACGCCGAGCAAGCGUUCAGAGCAGGAUCCCUCCGACGUAUCCGGCGCCGCCGCGCUGCCCACCGACGGGCUGUACGAGAUCCUGCUGCGGCUGCCGGCCAAGGACCUCUGCCGCCUCCGCGCCGUCUGCCGCUCGUGGCGCUCGCUCGCUUCCGACCCGCUCUUCAUCAAGGAUCAUGCGGCACGCCACACCCGCCCCUUCCUCGCAACUAGCUUCGUUGACCCCGGCGAGGACGUGCACUGCGGCGUCAGCAUCGUUGAUCUCUGCUCCGGGGAUGUCAUCAAGCAGAUACACACCCGCGACAAGGACCUCAGAUUGCAGCGCACCUACCUUGACCGCGUUUGCAUGGUUGGAGGGCGCCACCCCUUGGCUGUCACCGCGCUUAACCCGGCCACCGGCGCUACUGUCGCCCCCUCCUCAGACGUCUCCGAGGAGUAUGCGGAUUUACUGGAGAGAAGAUUCGUCUCCAUGGAGUCAUGUGCUUUUGGGAAGGUGCCCUCAACAGGAGAGUACAAGGCGCUCCGAUUCCUCCAUGUUGGCUCGCCCGUUGGUUCGCAGCACCUGUGCGAAGUCAUGACCCUCGACGCCGGCAGCAACCAUGCGCGGUGGAGGCCAAAGCCAGGCCCUCCACUCCCUGUUUGUUCCAACAACAAGAUCACAAGCGUGGUCAUUGAUGGGGUUGUGUAUUUCUUGUUCGGUUUUAUUGACCCUUGCUACAGAUAUUUGAAGACCUUGUUCAAACCAGGCACCAUAACUCCGUUUAACCUUGAGACAGAGGAGUGGAUGCCUACCAUCAGUGGCCCAGAAUCAGUGACCAGUUAUUAUAUGGGUGCCAAUAAGAUAACUACCUCUCGGAGCCCUGAAGCUGUGGAGCAUAUCUCGAUAACCAAUUUGAAUGGGUCCUUGGUGAUAGUGCAUCUUGUGCAUCGUGUUUCCAUGGACCUAUGGUUUCUGAUGGAUGUUGAGAGAGGUCUCUGGGUUAAGAAGUACAGCAUAAGAUAUCGCAGUCACUAUCGCCGUGCCUAUCCUUUGGUGCUGCUGGAUGAUGAGACGAUAAUCUUCAUUAUGCAAUCCAAGGAUACACUUAUAAGUUAUGAUACAAAAACUGACACUUUCACUGAUAUGUUCAACCUGCAAGAUUACAGGUCUAUUGCUAUUUACACAGGAAGUUUGCUGAGUUAACACCAUGGAUUUCAUUGAUGAGGCUGAGCAUUUCAUCAAAAGAGGCGAUGCUCCUUCAUGCGUUUAUGAUGUCUGGGAUACUUUGUUGCUUCCUCCUUUCCAGAUCGAGCAAAUGGUGCCAUUUUAUCUAGUUAGAAUUUUAUACAAUAAUAUGCCAUCGUUCCUUGACAAGCCCCGUAACUUGCUAGGCAUCUUUGCUGGGUACAAGUAUGCAUCAUUGUGACCCUGUGGGCUUGUAUGCUAUGUAUGGUACUUUGUUCGUCCAACUCAUUGUCAAUUCAGUGUAAGACUGUCAGUUUGGCUUUGAUCAAAACCAGUUACCAGUGGCCAACUUCUGGAUGACAUGGUUCCCUUGGUAAUCAAUAAAAAGAUCUGUCUUCUUUA